GACGGUAGUGUGCCACAUAUGUGGGAGGAACGGGCACUACGCCCGCAACUAUUGGCAGACCUUAAAACCGCGAACCGAGGACGAUAACUCUGAGAUGAAGGAGCUGUUCCGUAGGAUCGUCCGUCGGGAGCAAGAAGAAGAAGAGAAAAAGCGUCACGAGGUAGAGCUAGCUAGGAGGAAGGAAGAAGAAGAUAGGAGGGAGGGAGAAAAAAUUCGGGAAGAGGAGUCGAGAGAAACGAAGAUCGAAUCCACGACUCUGCGGAUACUAGCACAGCGGAAGGAGUCGGCGAUGGUAAUAGCAACGCCUCAGCCUACUUCGGAGUUGAAGAAGCGAUCACCACGAUCAAAAGCACGGAUGCUUCGAGAUAUUCGGAGCUAUAUUGUGGAGUCGGAGGAUGACAGUGAGGAGAUGAAGAUCGAGGCCGACAAACUGAUCGAAGCGUUAGAAAACCGGAAGAAGGGACGGACAGGUGCGGCAAGGAGUCGGGCGGCGACAAGUCGAGUAACGAGGAAGAGUCUGAUAACAAGGAAGGGGAAGGCGAAAGUUGCUGAGGUAGGAGUGGCGGAUGAUGGUUUCGAAACGCCAAAAAAAGUGUGUCCUGCUGAAGCGUCAAGCGAAGGGCUGGUGGAGUAUGCACUCACACAAUCGAAGCAGCUGAGUGGACUGAAGGCGGCUGAGAUUCGGAAGUUAUGCGAUCGUGAGGGAGUCGAGUACGUGGUGAAGGGUCAAGCGGUCCAGGAGCUAGUAAGGUUGCGUAGGAUUAUCACGACGUGGGCUCAGCACAUCAAGUGUGCCAUGUCAGGGAAGGUGGGGAAUGCACCUAAAUUGCAUAGGUGGCUCAUGUCAUUUGGUUGGCACGAUUACGUGAUCAUCCCUCUUAUUACUGAGAUUAGAGAUGGAUUUGAAGUCGAACAGGCUUUGAUUCGGAGGUUGUCGCCAUCCUUGAAUACCAUAGGACGGAUCAAGAGUGGAAAAAAGCAGCGGGGUAGGAAGAGGACGGCGGUGGAUGGGCCGCAUUAUUCGGGCGGCGCCAUUAUCUUUGAGUGUGAUGAAGGGAGGUACUCGUCUCUGAUCAGCCUUAUGGACGCGAUUGCGGAUAGGAAGGAUGACGUGGCAAUUAGGUCCGUCGCUGGCGCAGUGUGGAUAGGGUCGUGGAAGAAGAUUCGGGAAAGGUUUGGUGAAUCAAUCAUUGUGGUUAAUCUUACAAGGAAGAAGCUUAGGGAUGCUAGGAGAGAAGUCGAAUCCGGGUGCGACUUCCGGAUCGUACAGCUGGUCGCAACACCAGCAGGUACUCAACGAAACAAGAGAUUCUUGAAGGAUCUGCUUGCGCAUCCAUGGAGGAUGAGGCACGUGUACAAGCUGGCAAGCCAGAAGCUUGCUGCGCUGUACAAAACGGCUGGUCUCUUCUCAAGGAAAGCUACAAGGUGUCGAUCCGUCAAAAACUAGCUCGAGUCCUGAAGAGUAAAUUCGGGACAAAGGU